UCCGGUUUAUUUGGAAAAUAAUGGAUUCUGACUGGUGAAAAUAAGUUUUCGACAUGAGUGACAGAAAUAUGCCAAUAGACAACAGUGUUCACGAACUGAAGUUAGGCAGGAGUUUUGAUCCUUCCACCCGGGCAGCUUUUCAUUCAAUACGCUAUGACUUCAAACCAGCAUCAGUAGACACAGCACGAGAGGCAGUUUUUGAAGUUGGCGAAGGACACCAGGUGUCUGUUACAGUUCCACCGCACAUUGAGAAUUCAGGAACAAGCCAUACAGUGUACCAAGGGCAACAAGAAGCCAUGUCAAAGGAGUGUGUGUUGAUCAUCGACCAUGACACUGGAACAUUUACACUGGAGAAACUCACAAACACAAUACAGCUGAAGAAAACCAGAAUUGAAGGGUCAAGCCGCGCACAACAGCGACCUUUGACCCCUGUUGAAGUUGCUAAGCAACGACCUACAUCACCUUCAAGACCCAAGACCAACCAAAGAAGUCCCUCAUCUGUAAAAGGUUUCUCGCCAGUAUCCAACAGUCAGCAAGACAUGGAUAUAGGUACAGACUCGCUCUAAAUAUACAUAUAUUUCUUAUCCUGACUCAUGCUAAAUG